GACAUCUCCAUCCUGCUGAACCUCAUCAUUAUCCUGCUGAUGCUGUUCAACACGUAUGUGUUCCAAGUGGGGCUGGUGUCUGUGUUACUGGAGCGUUUCCGGGCUCUGCUCAUGUUCUCUAUGCUCUACCUGAUCUUCAGUAUCACGCUGCACUGCUGGCUCAUGAAUCUGCGCUGGUUUAACACUAACACAUAUAUUUGGACGGACGGACUGCAAGUGCUGUUUAUGCUUCACAGGACAGCUUCAGUGCUCUACUACUAUUUCUACAAGCGCACGGCGGAGUGUCUGGGAGACCCACGGCUCUAUGAAGAUUCCCCCUGGCUCCAGGACAUCUUCUCUCGUAUCAGACAGCAGGGCUCCUUCUUUAAUAACCAGCAGCACUGA